AUGUACCUGGCUGCCUGGAGGAAGGCCCAGCUGUAUGCAGAUUGGCGGCAGGAGAAGUUCCCGGCCUGGUCUGUCACUCUGGACCCAGGCUCUGUGGAUUCCAGCCUUGUUGUCUCUCAUGAGAGGAGGAGAGUGACCUUGAAGGAGACCUGUGAGGAUUCUGGCGGCAGCGGCAGCGUGUUGGGCCUGGAGGGCAUCACAGCAGGGCGCUGUCACUGGGAGGUGGAGGUCCCCAAUGGGGACGGAAGUGAGUGGGUUCUGGGGGUCUGCCGGGAAGAUGUGAAAAGGACCGGCUGGUACACAGAGUCCCCAGAAAAGGGGUUCUGGGUUGUGGGGCAGUUUGAAGCUGGAUUUUGUCCCUGCACUAAGGAUCCCACUUCUUUACCCCUGAGGCAGCUUCCGCGCAGGGUGGGGGUGUUCCUGGACUACAGCGAAGGGGACGUCUCCUUCUACGACAUGACGGAAGGCUCCCACAUUUUCUCCUUCCCACGGGCUUCCUUCUCCGGGACCCUCUUUCCAUACUUCAGGUUGAAGUCAGGAGUUGAGUCCUUGACCAUCUGCCCCAUGGCGGGUGCGCCCGAGGGGCUCCCUGUGCCCCUUAACAAUUCUCCUUCUUGCGAGGAGCCUCUGAGCUAUGGGGCUGAAUCUCCAUUACUCCCUUGCAAUGCGGAGGCUGUGCCCCGCCACUGUCCCUGACCCCUCACUAAGGUGCUUCCUGGAGCUGCAGCCUCCCCUGGCAAAGCCUCCCAGGGAGACCUGAGUGCAGAGCCCCACCCGCUGUGAGCAGAGCCCACCCCCUGUGAGCAGAGCCCGCCCCCUGCGAGCAGAGCCCACCCCCUGUGAGCAGAGCCCACCCCCUGUGAGCGUGCAGGCUCCCAGGUGUGAGGCUGUGAACAGUCAGUUCCGGCCCAGCUCAGGCAGCAGGUUACAGAAGUUGACUGGGCUGGGCUGGGACAGGCUAUUUUGAUACGGGAAGUUGUUUUUCGUUGGUAAUGAAAAAUAUCCCAUGGGCUCGUUGUUCUCUUGAAUAUGCCAGGGGGCGGGGCUGAAUUGCUCUGCAGCAUUUAGGGGAGUUGCUUUUAUCCAACUUGAGUUUGUGCAGAAGAACCAGGGGCUGAGGGUGGUCCCAGAUCUGUUUUGUGGGUCUUCACUAUCUGACCAGAAAAGUUGGCCCCCAAAAUCUCCAGGGAAACGAUGGCAGAUGGACCGCCAAGGGGAGAGAGGUCUGAUAUUCCAUUCUAUGGUCCCUGCUCCGGGAUGGCUGGAGCAGUUGUUUCCCAAACCGCGGCCAGUUUCUGUUCCCUGGGCAAGACCUGGGGUGUCAACUUAAGGAAUCAAGGAAGCACCGGGCCCCGCUUCAGGCUCCAACCGCAGGGAAAGCAGAGCGCUCUCCCCGGGCUACCGUGUGCACAGAGCAGACUUCAGAUGCCGGGCGAGCAGCAGAAAGCUUUGGCUGGGCGUGGGACCCAGUCAUCAGUGUGUCGCGUCGGUGCUUCCAAGUCCAAGGCCAAGGUUCCUGGCAAACCACAGCACAGAAAAGGAAGCCGGGCCCUGGAGGACUCAGACC